AUGAAUAUGGACCGCUACCACUGCCUCAAAGUUCCCCGCAAAAAAGGCGAGAUACAAAUCGGCAGCAUCAUUGGCCGCCUCGAUGACAUGAACGUACUUAACACAGGCAAAGUCCAUACCUUUGCGAGAUGCCGACGCCGUUCCCGAGCAUCCCCCAACAUCUCCGGCCAUGUCGAGACCCUUGCGCCUGACCACGUUCGCACGCAUUGCUACAAGGUCUGCGCGGAGCUCACGAUCGAGCUGCUUGACAUCACGGCGGACGAAUGCCUCGCCCUGAUCGACGCCUCCCCGCGAGCCGAAGCCUACCUGUGGGAGCACGAGUACCACCAGCCCGUCUACAUUGUCACUGGGCUGCAACUGGCCUGCGCCUCGGAAUCCGAGCACAGCACGCACACUGUGGUGGAACUCGUCGAUGGAAAGGAGACAGGCCGAGCGGAGACGGAUAUAGACGGCAAGGUGUAUGCUACAAGCCGCGUCAGCGUGACCCAAAAUGGGAGGGCGGGGGGGGGGGGGCUCUUUGGUGAGCCGGGCUUGUGUCAGAUGUUGGGGCGACGACUCAAUUCUAGGCUACAGAGUGACGUGGAAAGUGGCUGCUGGUGCCUGCGUGUCUUGUCAUUCGAACCGGUGCGGCUGUACAAUCUUGUUGCAAGGCACUGCGUCCUUCCCUUCCUGUGGCACGGCAGCCCGGACGCUUUCCUCAGGUGUAUAGAAGAUGAAGAACCGGUCGUGGUCGUUACCGGAAUCUCCUCCCUAGUCAACAUUAUCAGUCCGUUCGCAUUAUAUGGAUUCAGAACUGUGUCUACCAAUCUGGGGAGCUGGAAAGCUACCAGUUCAACACUGUACCUCUGCCUCAUCGAGGCGGACAUGUUGAACGAGAAAUGGGGAGAGCUGCUUGAUAGUGUGAGACUGGGCGAGAAACGGUUGUUGCCUGCUUUCUGUAGGCCUCCUCUUCGCUCAAUAACUGGCGAACUCAGGGGCGCUGAGCCUGCUACACAGUCCGUGUCUGUGUCGGACGGCGAAGGCAGCAGUCAACGCUUCACCGGAAGAUUUCUGUCAUCCAUCCUGCCCACUCCUCACCCAAACGCUCCCCUCACUUUUCGCAUCAUGAGCGACAGCAACGAGAAAUCCAGCCCACCCAGCUAUUCAGAGCUGGAGAACAUUGCCUGGCCCGGUACCAGCCGCAGCAUCGCCAACUGCGCCUCCCCGCCCAGCUACUCUGAGGCGCAGACCCUCACCCAGACACCACCACCCGAGCAAGGCCGCCAAACCGGGAAAUGCAACUGCCCCCCGAGCGACUCGCGGCGCCCCUAUCCCGCCAAUACACCAGCGAAGCAAUUCCAUGCCAUCGAGCCCAUGUCUCCGGACAAGAUCUGGAUUGGCGCCGUCAUCGGUGGUAGGCAAGGUCUCAAAGUGCUGAACAAGAAACAGAUUGUGCAGGCUGUCACUGGACUCGAGAUGCUCGCGAGCGGCUUGAGCACGCUCGAGUCGACCACGCACCGCCAGGUGAAUCAGGGCGGGCGGUGGAAGGGCCGUUGGGACUGGUUUUGGUCCUCGCGACGGGAGACGCGGAUGGCGUCGACUGCGCCGGUCGAAUUCGUUGUUUGCAAUCAAAACUCGGGAAAUGGUAUACCGAUAAGAUGGGGGCUGGCUGGACUAUGGGCGGAAAAAAGCGAGGGGGAGUGCAGCAGCCCGUCGCGGAAAGGCGGCAGCGGACGGCAGAGUGAGUUUCCCUUCGGGUGCGAUGCUGAGACGUGGUUUUUGUUCCGUCGAUGA